CAAUUCGACGUCUGUUUGUGUUUUAACCAUUUGCGCAAUUAAAAACCACGAUUCGAAGUGAAACCGUUAAAAGAAAAUUUCAUGAACAUACAUUGAUAAAUCUAGACGAACAAUACACAGAUUGUUGGCGCAACGUAUUUAUUAAAUAUAAAGUAUAAAUUUUAUAACACAUUUGAUAAAGACGCGGUGUUGUAGAAACAACUGCCAUGUCAUAAUAUAUAAUUUCGUGAACAUCUGAACUUUUAGUUCUUAUUUAUUUUACUAAAUAAAUUUCAGUUUUCACUGAUCUAAAACGUGAGUAUUUGUUUUGUUAAAUUGCAAUUCCAAUAAAAAAUCUGACUAAGGGAAUAUAAAGAAAACAAUGCGUCUUAGAUUUUUAUGACACUUUUAAUCUCAAACAAAACCCAAAAAUAGAAAAGAUGCUGAACACAAGCGACAUCUCUCGGCAAUUGGACUUAUGAUCGCUAUAAACAACAUUAAUGUAAAAACUAAGUGAUUUCUCGAGUAGACUGGUUCCUUGUCUACGUAACUUUUUGGUAACCAAGUAAUUUGAAAUGGUGUUCUAAUUAUGGUUGCGUUAGAAAUUUGAUAAUUAUAUGGAAACACUCUUAAUUAUACCGCUAUCGCGUAAAUAAGUCGGUUUGCCAUCAGUGGCGGUUCCUCCAUAAGUGCACAUGUGCACGUGCACCCCCAAAUUUAAUGCCCGCUCGGAAAAAAAAUUAUUUAUGUAAUUAUAUCCUACAAUUCGCUUAAUCCUAUUUAUAAAAAAAACGAUUCAUCAAAAUUCAUAAAAUUGAAAUUAAUACAUAAAAAACUAGGAAUUUCUUAUCGGCCGUCACCGCGACCGCCGCGCCGGUAUAAAUCAUUGUAUAAACAAAACUCCAAACCCCCUUUGCCAGCAGCCGAUUCCGCCGAUCGUAAAAUGCUUCGUUCACUGCUCAUGGAACUAAUAGAUCUGAUUGGUCAAUCAUCCGCCGCCCGCACUCUUUGUUUCCCGCGGCGGUCUACCGAUCUAAGCUGGCCCGUGUGCACACGUAAUGAGUGCACUUGUAGUUCGCGUUUGCAAAUAUAAUAGCCGAUGACGCGUGCGUGUUGAAAAUUAGUAUUCGAAAAAUAGUUUUAAAACUCUGUUAAAAUGACGGACAAUUAUAACGUGCAAUAUUUAAAGACAAUUAAAUUUUCUUCUCUUCCAUUGGAAGAAAAAAUUAAAAUUAAAAGUGUUGGACGUCCCAAACCGAAUGUGUUAAUUAUUAAUACAACUAAAUGCAAAAAUCGAGAAUAUAAACGUACUUUUAAAAUAGAAAUGUAUGAAAAAACUGACUGGUUGUGCGGGUGUGAUGUGAGUAAUAGUCUCUACUGUUUUCCAUGCUUAUUAUUUUCAAGCGAUCAGGCAUCAGAUCCAUCAGAAUGGACAAAAUCCGGAGUAAAAGAUUUAGUUCAUUUAUCCGAAAAAAUUAAAAAACAUCAGAAUUCUAAAUCACACUUAUCUGCCAAAUUAGGAUUUAAUUUAUUGGGAAAACAAGAUAUUAGACAGCAAUUAAAUAGUGUCUAUCGUUUAGGCAUAGAAAAACAUAAUGUCCAAGUAAAAAAUAAUAGAUAUGUUUUAUCAAAAAUUAUAAACUGUGUAAAAUUUUGUGGUGCGUUUGAACUUGCCCUCCGCGGACAUCGCGAAAAAGAAGAUUCUGUAAACCCUGGUAUAUUUAGGGGACUCAUUAAUUUUUCUGCUGAACUGGAUAUAGCACUGAGGGAUCAUUUGCAGCAAGCCACCAUAUUUAAAGGAACAUCAAGACAUUCAGAACGAUUUAUUGGAAUGUAUGCUCUCUGUUUGUCAGGCACAUAUCAAAAAAGAAAUUGCGGCAUCAAAAUUUGUAUCUAUUAUGAGUGACGAAACCAGUGAUAUUUCAAAUAUUUUUCAAAUGGUUAUAGUUUUCCGUUAUACAUUACCGAAUGGCAGCCCCGUUGAGAGAUUUUGGACAUUUGUAAAAUCAAAUGAACAUGAUGCUGUUGCCUUAGCUGGCUGCAUAGAAGAAGCGUUAAAUUAUGUUUUAAAAAAUCCGGAUCAAUUAAUUUCCCAAAGUUAUGAUGGAGCAAGCGUCAUGAGUGGCGCUCAAGGUGGUGUUCAAAAACUUAUUAAAAAUAAAUUUAAAUACGCUCAUUACAUCCACUGCUAUGCACACCAGUUAAAUUUAAUAAUGUCUCAGGCAACAAGCAUAAAUACAAAUGCACGCAUUUUUUUUGCCGAACUUAGUGACAUUACUAAUUUUUUUUCAAAUUCACCACAAAGAGUUGCGAUACUGGAUGAAGUGGUUGGAAAUAGAGUUCCAAGUGCAUCUGCUACCAGGUGGAACUUCAAAAUUAGAACUGUGAAUACCGUAUAUGAAAACCGGAAGGCACUUAUAGAGUGUAUGGAAAAAAUACAAUCCACAUCCAGACAAUCCGAUACAAUCACGAAGGCAGGCGCACUUUUAAGAUUAUUGUAUGAUCCUAAGUUUAUUUUUUGGUUAUCCGUUUUUCAUCGAAUAAUGCCUCACGUCAAUAUUUUAUAUUCACAACUGCAAAAAAGAUCAACUGAUUCGGUAACCGUAAAAAGAUGUAUUAAUGAAUUUGAAAAAAAUAUACAGAAAGAACGGGAGACAAUUCACACCAUAAAGGAAAUUGAAUUAGCAAACAUGGAUGAAAGUCAAACUAGAAAAAGAAGAAAGACAGAAGAGAGGCAUUCUUAUGUUUCUACGAUUGUGCAAGCCAAGGAAGUAUGUGAUACUAUACUUGCAGAAAUCAAAAGAAGAUAUUCAUUCACUGGCCAUUUGGAAGUAGCGCACUUAUUUUCAGUUGAAAAUUUCGAGAUAUUUUCAACUAAUUUUCCCACCAAACACUUAAAUUCAGCAAUUAUGAAUUUUUCUUUUCUGAACAAAGAUAAAUUGAAGACGGAACUGGAAAUAAUCUACAAAAGAUCAGAUUUUAGAGAAGUUUCAGGAGCAGUCCACCUACUUAAAUUUUUAGUUGAAAAUAAUUUGCAAACAGAUUUCUCAGAGACUUUUUCAGUACUACAAGCAAUUGUUACGAUGCCAAUGACAACUGCAGAAGCGGAACGUUGUUUCUCCACAUUAAAAAGAAUUAAAACUUUUCUUAGAAGUACAAUGGGUGAAAAUAGGUUGACUGCCCUCGCAAUGUUAUCCAUUGAGAAACAAAUGAUUCAAGAAAUUCCAAAUUUUAAUGAAUUAGUGAUUGAAGAAUUUAUCUCGAAGAAGGACAGACGUAUUGAUUUUCAAUUUAAAACGUGUUUGUGAAAUACAAAAUCUUUGAUAAAAACUAUUACUUAUGUACAUAAAAACAUUUUUUUUUUGCGAGGCCAAAGUUAGUACUCAUCGGUGACAGCAGGGUAAGUUAUUUAUUAUUAUUUUUUUAAUUGAGAUAUAGUUUUCUAUUAUUGAUUGGCCUUUGAAUAACGCAAAAAAAUUUUUCGGCGUCGUCGCGUGGCCGCCAAUUUUUUGAUUUUACGUUGUGCACCCCCUAAAUAUGGAACCACGCGCCGCCGCUGUUUGCCAUUAAGUUACUGCCGUUAAUGCUAGUUGUUAUCGGUUACACUUUAUUUAUCCGGUUGCAUUUUCUUUUUGGUUUUCGCUUUCACUGACAUUUUUUUGCCGUGCUUGACCCGAAAAUAACAAAACUAAUUAUUUCUCAAGCAUAAUAAGAUUAAAAUUUCGCAACAUUUUUUUCUAGAAAGCAACAAGGGGGAGUGAUAAAAUGCAAGAAUUCGGCUGCACAGCAAACCUGCACAGGAAAAUAUUUUUUGUUGUUUUUGUUACGAGUGUUUCGAUACUGAUGAUUUCGUAUUAUGAUUCGACGAAGUUAAUUAAUACCCAGAUGUUUUUCACUACACCCGAGAACGAAUCAACAAACAAUGGCACUAAGUAUCUCGUAUCGACGUCGAAGUGCAAAAUUGUGGAUCUAGACCCCUUCUCCAAAGAUGCCAAACGAUAUUUCAAACCUUUGAAAUAUAAGUCUUGUUCGCAACACAGGCUAUUAACUUAUGUGACAAAAGAAGACAAUAUAUCUACGCUAAAUGUUGAUAAGGACCUAAUUCCAGUAUAUACUAGCAAGGAUGUCAAGUGUUGCUAUUCCAACGUCACCAGAUUUGUGCCGACAAAUAAUCCUGAUAGUUCCAUCAAAAUAUCAGACUGUAAAACAUUCUCGAGUAAGGUUCAAAUUUUGACAGACGCGGUGUUAGUGAAAUGUACAGAGAGUCGAGCAGACAAAAAAAUCUACGAAAAUGUCCACACGUCAGUCAGAAUAACGGACGAGGUUCAGAAAAAAAUAAACAAUACCGACAAUGGUGCGAAGCUUCCGAGCGUACUUUUCAUCGGUAUUGACAGCAUUUCGCGCCUAAACUUCUUAAGGACUAUGCCCGACACCUACAAAUACGUAAACGACCACGGAUGGUUAACCCUGGAUGGAUACAACAAAAUGGACGACAAUACAUUUCCAAACCUAAUGGCGAUAUUUACGGGAUACAAUCAGAGUCGCGCUUACGAAGUGUGCAACCCAAAAGUUGCUGGAAUGCUGGAUGAAUGCCCAUUGUUAUGGUUCACGUACGGCAAGCUCGGAUACAUCACGGCAUACGGAGAAGACGAGGGAGCCAUUUCCACGUUUAAUUACAACAAAAAAGGAUUUAUAAAGCCGCCGGCAGAUUAUUACUAUCGUCCGUAUAUUCUGGCGACCGAGAAAUUGCCAAAGACAGGCCUGAACGGCAUGAAUUACUGUACGGGUCCGGAAACCGCAGGCGAACGAAUACUGAACCUAAUCAAAGAUUUCACCAUAACCUUAAAGGAUUAUCCCACUUUCGGUAUAUUCUGGAUGAACUCGUUCAGCCACAACGAAAUCAAUUCGCCCAUGAUGUUGGACAAUAAAGUUAAGUUGACGUUGGAAGAGUUGGGCAACAACGGAAUAUACAACAACUCGUUGGUGAUAUUUCUGAGCGACCACGGUAUGCGCUUCGGCGACAUCCGACUCACCGAGACCGGCUGGUUAGAGGAAAGACUGCCGUUUAUCUAUUUCUCAUUUCCCGCCGACUUUAAAGAGAAAUUUCCAACGGAAUACAACAAUUUUUUAAACAACAGGAACAAACUGACCACACCUUACGAUUUGUACAUGACCCUACAGAAUAUUCUGGUGCUGUAUAAAAUGAACUAUACCGUCAGCGGUAGCGACGCUUGUCCGAAUUGUACGUCGCUGUUUGCCGAAAUCGAAACGGAAAGGUCUUGCGAGGAUGCCGCAAUCGAACAGCACUGGUGCACCUGCGCGGGCUAUACCGAAACGAUUUUGGACCCGACCGUGCACAAGUCAUUAUCAACGUUCGUCGAGGAAAAACUUCAUCAGAUUACAUCCAACACAUCGCGCGGAGGAGGAGACGGCAAGUGUGCCAAAUAUAUCGUAGUCGAGUUCAUAAGUACGAGACUGUCCCAUAAACUAACCUACAAAAGCAGUACGUAUAUAUUAGUUAGUUUUAAGACGGAACCAAAAGCAGUAUUCGAGAUGACUAUAAAAUACGACGGUGAUAUUAGGCUCGGUAAUUUUACAUCUAGUGAUAUUAGUAGAUUGGAUUCGUAUAACGGUCACAGCAAGUGCGUAGACGACGCGUUCCUUAAGAAAUACUGCUACUGUAUUAAAUCUCGCGAGCGAAUAUUUUUGUAUGGAAUGUUAAUCGUCUUUCUUUGAAGUACCCGAAACCUUGUCAGCUGCAUCAACCUGUAAGUAUCGAUUCGCCACGGGAGAAGUCUUGCCGCCGGGAAAUUUCCGAGGCUACGGGGCUUAUUGUAUUAAAUAUGUAUUACUUGAAAUGCGCAGGUACGAUCCAAGGAAACCACCAGCCGGUGGCGAUUAGAAAAAACAUCCAGUGUGACCACCCCUGGAAACUAAAGUUUUAAAAUAUCAAAAUGGAAAACAAAUUAUUAGUUUUUGUUUUUGUAAAUCGCGGGACUGGAUUUACGUUAUAAACACUCAUUUGUAAGACGCCAGCAGACGAAUUGUUGACGUCUCCUUGAUUGCGGUAGGGAAUGGAUAUUAUUGGGCCCAUAUGGCUUCACGUCUAACAAAAGGUUAGAACAUUCCCAUGUAAUGUAUUCUAUCGUCUUCCUGUUCGUACAGCCUACAUAUAGAGGUGCUACUUUCGUUCCGAAAGUUUAGAACCUUCCUUCCUUCCUUGGUAGUAUACUAGAAUCAAUUCUGAUGUGAAACGUGACUUAUACAAUUAUAGAAUUUGUGGUUUUUCCAGUGACAAUAUAAUUUAAAGAAUGGUAUAAUGCUUUGAACUUUUUCUGAAAAUUUUUAUUUAUUUUUUAUUAAAAUUUGAAUGCUCAUGUUCAUAGCGGUUAUGAAUCCAGUGGUGCUUGCCUUGUAUUAAACACUAUUUAUGCUAUAUCAAGCAAAAACUGUUUCGAACUCGUUUGAAAAAUAUUAUUUUAAAAGAACGCUUCCAAUUUAAACAGUGCACGUUGUAUAUGUGCGACAUAUGCAAUUUAACUCGUUUGCUCCAUACUUAGGUAUAAUUACGAUUGGAGGAUAGUUUCUUUUCUUUUAUUCAGGGUGACGUUAUUUACUGAACAUGUACAAGAUUAACUAGAACUCAUCUGUGGGACUUUUAUGUAAAAAACAAAAACAAAAAAUAAUUAUCCAAAAAUGUCUGUCUACUGUACCGUAUACGGGAUUUUUGAGAUCUAGAUAGAAAUAGUAUUUUAGUUAGUCCAAAAGUUUAAUUAUAAUAAAUAAUGAGAAACAGCUGACCAUUUUCUUAGAACGUGCAUUGCUGUGCAUUUCAAAGAAGUACUGCCUCUGCCUAUACUGAUUUGCAAAAUCAAAAUUGAUGGAAAAAUUGAAGCUUAAUGAAGAAAGGUAUUUUAAAUUAUUAGAUAGUUAUAGUUUUUAAUUAAUGAAUGUGAGAACUGAUACAACGAUUUUGUAUAAUUCUUCCCUGAUAUAUGCUUAUCAUUAUUUCACUAGAUAUAGUUUUCCAUAUUGACACAUUCCUCUUUUAAUUUGUUUCUAAUGAAGCUCUGAAAAAAUUAAUACAGAAUUCAAUUGAAAAUGUUUAAUUUUGUUAGAGCUAUAAAGCUAUCAUUGUAGUCAUAUAGUUGUUAGAUAACAUAGGGCCGUAAAUACCCUAAAAUUGGGUAUGGGGCGGCUAAGACAUUUUCGUAGAGAUCUUCAACGCAUGCUCCUAAGUUUUACUUUGAGCUAUUUUCGUUCUAAACAACCACCUAUACACAGUUAACUCGUUUUUUCAAUAAAAUUUUAAUAUUAUCUGUGUAUAUUCGUCCAUGUUGUGUGGACAUGCGCACCAUAUUGAAUGUUCCUUCCCAACGUUUUUGGUUAGAAAAAUGCGUAUGUUAUCCGCAUAGCCUAUGCGUUAUAUUAGUGAUGAUGUAAUACCGGCCAUUUUGAUUAGCAAGAAAUCAAUUUGCCGUAAACUUCUUGAGAGUGUUUCAUGUUUUUUGUGUCUUAAUUAUUACAGACAUUCUUUUUAAUUAUUUUUCAAUAGUAUAAAAUAAUAGGUGUAACCUACAAUCACAAUUACCCUCAUAUAGUUAGCUUAAAUAUGCUGAAAACUUAUUGGGACUACUAAUAUUUCUCGUUGUUUGUCGUUUUCGUCGUUUUCAUUAAAAUACUUUAACUGGUUCUUUCAUUUGCAAUUUCAAUAUAUUGAUAAUGUUAUUGCUAAUGAUCACGAAUUCUGUUUGUUUGGAUUCUAAACGUCGACAGCUCUCAAGGAAAAAGGCCGUCCUACGUCACACUAUGUUAUCUAAUAGGUGCUUUUAAAAGUCCAACAUAUCAUUUUUGUUUGUUAUUCUAUUGGCCCAAUUUAUGUACAGUAUAUCCUAGAUACGUAUAUUUAUAGAAUAUAACAAAAUAAGUCUGAAAAAUACUCUAAUAGGAAAUUAGAUAUAUAAACAUAUUUAUCGUUAAAAAUUAAGAUGCAGUUUAUUAUAUAUUUUACCCAAUACGUUUUUGUGAUACAAUGAAAUUGUUAUUUUUAUCUUUUCCAUGGUAGAAGUAUGGCGAUUUUUAUAUCACCGAUUUCUUAUGCAAACUGUUUAAAACUUAGGCUCAGAUUAUGCUCUUCUACAGCUUACGUCACAAAAUUAAAUCAGUGUUAUAGAUGUGUGUGACUUCUAAUUUAUCAAAAGAUCCAUCGAUGCGAAUCUUCUUCAUCUUAUAUCGGCGUAAGAAAUCUGUGCUUCCAACCAAAGUUGAUAGUGGCGUUCAAGUUUCGUCAUUUGCUAAAAAGUGGCCCCGAAUACUUAUUUUAUUGUAAAUGUCUAGUCAAUCUUUUGCAAAUACACGUGAAUAAAAUAUGUUUUUAUUUCA